AUGAAGUGGGAGUGCUUUAUCUGCUGGAAGAUAAAUGAGGACGAUGAAGCUGCCGAUGAAAAACACUGUCUAUGUCACUGCUGCGGCCGACCACGCAACUUCGUUCCAACAAGUUUAAUUAUCAACUCCAAGGCCAAGCCACUGGUACUUCACGGCCUCGCAUCAGCGCAACAUGAGUUUCAUCCAGCGCUUGUCCAUGCGUUGCAACAAUCCGGGUUAGAUCUGGCGGAUACCGACAGUGGAGGGUGGACAGCACUUCACUGUGCUGCGAUGUUAGACGAUGCAACUGCAAUCCAUUGUCUCUUACAACCUAAUAACGUAGAAACCAAAAUCGACAUUAAGAAGAGACUGGAAGCUACACGUUCUGGAGGCUGGCGAGCUCUCCAUGUAGCCACUCGUGAAGGUCACCUUUCUGCAGUCGAAGAGCUUCUCCUAGCCGAUGCAGACGUGGAUGCCAGACUGGACGAGUCCGAUGACGCUCUCACCCCUCUUCACAUCGCAGCUCAACAUGGCUACAUCGACAUCCUGGAUCUCCUUCUCCAAUGUGGCGCUGAUCCUACCCUACUAACCCACAAUUUACGACGAUCUCCGCUUCAUCUCGCUGUCUUCGGCGGUCAUGAACGUUGUGUCCGUCUACUGUUAGCGAAGCCAAAUAUUGCUGAAAUUCUGGACCGUGAUGGCCUCACAGCGCUCCAAUUGGCGAAUAUUCGACUAUCGUCGGAUCAACCGACUGCAGCCCAACGUGAACUUAUCGUGCUUCUUGAAGCUCACCAGCCGUUCAGAGCUUUACCACCGAUAUCGGCUAAAUCUUUACUCAGCUGAGAAAUGGGCGAGCUCUCGACAAUACGCUGUCAGGUCUUCUUCAAGCGCUAAGAAACAGGAUUUGUCUACGCGUAAUUCUUCAAGUUUAGUGAGGCGACAAAGACUGCCAGGAAGGCCGCGUAAAUCUCGAUUUUUAGUUAAUAUAAGUCUCACGAGAGCUUCACAUUCGCCGGCA